UGAUUUAUGGUCCAAAGAUGGCCGGAGAGGACUUCGUUGUCGGGGAGGCGGCCGCCGCCGCCGCUACCACCGCGACUCAGUCUCCGAAGCACAAACAUUCUCAUCUUGGGGGGAGCCGUUUCCGUCCCCAGGAGCAGCUAUUCAUCUGCUCGUUCCCAUUUUGCGAUGCCACCUUCAACCGGGGCUGGAAACUGGACGCGCACCUGUGUCGGCACACGGGCCAGCGACCCUUUGUUUGCAUUUUUGAAGGCUGUGAAAAAGGCUUCACUAGAGGUUUCCACCUUAAGCGUCAUUUUCUUACACAUACUGGAGAAAAACAAUUUGUAUGCACAGUAGAUGGUUGCAAUAAAAAGUUUACAACAAAAUCAAACUUGAACAAGCAUGUUCUACGGAGACAUCAUCAGAGAAAAUAUGUAUGUGACUUUGAAAAUUGUGGGCAAUCUUUUAAAAAGCACCAGCAGUUAAAAAUACAUCAGUCUCAACACACUGGUGAACCAUUUUUCAAAUGUGGUCAUGAAGAAUGUGGAAAGCGCUUUUCUUCACCCAGCCAUUUAAAACGUCACGAGAAGAUUCACCAAGGUUAUGCAUGCAAAAAAGAGAGUUGUUUGUUUGUUGGAAAAACCUGGUCAGAAUACCUGAAACAUAUGAGACUCAGUCAUGUGGAACCAGUUACCUGUCAAGUGUGUUCCAAAACAUUGACUCGCAAAGAUUAUCUGAAAUGUCACAUGAAAACACAUGCCGUUGACAGAGAAGUUUUUAAAUGUCCAAAGGAGGGCUGUAAAAGAACAUACACAACCGUGUUCAACCUUCAAAGUCAUAUUCACUCAUUUCAUGAGGCAAAAAAACCUUUCGUGUGUGACCACCCUGGCUGCGGGAAGAUUUUUGCAAUGAAACAAAGCCUCAUAAGGCACAUGGUACUACACGAUCCUAAUAAGAAAAGGUUGGACAAAAAGAAACCACAGCAAAAGCGGAGCCUGGCCUCUCACCUCAGUGGAUAUAUCCCUCCAAAAGUACAGCGAAGAAAUUUAUCUUCAGUGGAAGAAUCUCUACCCGCAUCUGUAGCAAGCUGCAAACAGCAGGCUGCUGAUGGCUGAAAUGCUAUUCGUUGACAACAGUUUUAGAUG